CAAUCUCACCACCGAGCAAAUAUCUCACAUAUCUACUCACUUCUCUCACAACUUCUUACCAAAAAAAUGGCCUCUGAUAGUAGUUUUGUCUUGCUAGCCCAUUGGAACGGUGAGAUAAUGAUCAAUAACAAUGAGGUGGAGUACUCAUUGCAUUCAAACAAGGCCUUUGUUUUUGAUCUUGAUAUCUCAUUCGAGGAGGUCUUCAAUGAACUCCUUGAUGCUAUUGGUGAAGAUCAUCUCAAUUCCAUAAAAAACAUUUGGGGAAAAUAUCCCAAAUACAAAGAUGGAGUUUAUGCCGCUUCACGCCCUUUCCCCAUUUCUGAGGAGCGAACAUGGAGGUGUUUCGUUCAAAAGGCAACGAAGGAAUACGAUGAACUUGAGGUUUACCUAGAUUCACACCAAGUUGAAGUGUUGGCUAACGAGGAAGAAGAAAUGGAGGAAGGGCAAAACCACCAAGCUCAUCACCACCAAGUUCAUCACCACCACCAAGUUGAUGAGGCGGGGCCGUCUAACACGGCACGAGACAUGGAUGAUGAAGAUGACUCUGAGGAUCUGACAUACGUUGCUAUUUCUGAUCAAGAGAGUUCUUCAGAUGAGUCUGAAGUAUCUGGAUGUGUCUCUAUGUACACACCGGACGUGUACACAGAGGAGCCUAUUAACGUUGCUGAACAAGGAAUUCCAGAAUUUCCGAUCCCUAGGCACGUUGAAGAAGUCUCACUACAACCAACAUUCUGUAUCCCUAAAAUUCAGAUUGGAUAUCGGUACGGUGAUUUCAAAAGCCUUCAAUUUGCAGUGGCGCUACGCAAUAUUGCAGAGCAUAGGCACUUUCAGACUUCUUCAAAGUGUCGCAAUUAUUGGCUGGCGAAGUGCUCGUAUCCGGAACAAUGUCCAUGGCUCAUCCAGGCUGCAGAGGUUGCAUCUGUUUGGACUGUCAAACAGUGUAGAAGUCAACAUUUAUGCAGACCAGACUUUUCGAAAGAGAAGGACGAUAAGCUUAUUACAAGCAAGCUCAUCUCUGGAAUUAUAUUCUCUAAAAUUGCUGCUGAUGCUGAUUACAAGGUGAGGUACAUCAGUAAAGAUAUAUACGACUUAUUUCAAGUUUCUGUGUCGUAUAAGAAAUGUUGGUUGGCUAAGUCGAAUGCCAUUCAACGAUUGUACGGAUCCUGGGAGGAUUCGUAUAACAAGUUAUUGCCUCUAUUAGCAGCGUUGAUUCAAAGCAAUCCUAGGUCAGUGGCCGAAAUACAAAUGCGGCCAACAACAACGCCACAAACUUUUCAGUUCAUGUACGUUUUCUGGUCUUUCAAAGCGUCUAUAGAUGGGUUCAAGUACUGUUUUCCCGUGAUCUCUGUUGAUGGCACCCACUUGUAUGGAAAAUAUAAGGGGGUGUUGUUGUAGGCAGUAACAAUGACAGCAAAUCACGAGAUUUACCCCUUAGCCUAUUCCCUUGUUGACAAAGAAGACGGGGAUAGUUGGAGCUGGUUCAUGAUGCAUUUAAUGCAUUAUGUAGUACCUUACGAUAUGUCGGUGUGCAUCAUUUCUGAUAGGCACGAGGGCAUUGAUUAGCUUUCAAUACUAUCCCCCAAUUAUUGGAACAGUGUGUCACCAUGAGAUAUUACCUGCGCCACUUGAGAAGUAAUUUUCAAAAGAAGUUCAAUAGCAAAAAACUGAAGGGCUUGAU